CAACUACUCAUUGAGUCUGCAGUCCUUUUACCAUUGACAUCAUGAAGAUGGUUUCUUGUGCAGGUUGUGGUAAACCCAUCACAGACCGUUACCUGGACAAAAUACUUGACCGUGCUUGGCACACCCGCUGUGUCACCUGUUUUGAUUGUAAGGCUGAAUUGUCUGGUAAAUGUUUUUCUCGUGAUGACAAAUUAUUUUGUAAACAAGAUUUUUUCAAGCGAUUUGGUAAAAAAUGUGCUGGAUGUUCACAUGGAAUAUCACCUGAGGAUUAUGUCCGUUGGGCUUUGAGUAAAGUUUAUCAUGUCCGGUGUUUUACCUGUGUUGAUUGUCACAAAGAAUUGUCCACCGGUGAUGAACUGUACAUUCUGGACGAUUAUCGACUUCUCUGUAAACGGGAUUACCUUGCAAUAAGUCGUCAAAAUCGAGGAAUUAAAUUGGAAUCACCUUCGGAAGCUGAUCUAGAAGAGUCAAUGAUUUCACCUUCAGAAUCUGAUCAUUUGAUUGGUGAUUCUGAUUGUGAAGAUAAACUAAUCCUUAGUUCAACUGGACCAGGGUCAAUACCUGGUCUCUCAUCACUUACCGGCCUAAAUCAUUAUUCAUCUUCCUCAUCAACUCGACCUCCCUCUUCCGGUAAUGGUUCUGGACCACCAUUAGGCCUUUCCUGUAAAAGUUCACCAAUGUCCGCUUCGUCCAGUUCAGUGUCAGAAUCUGGACUGACCGGUAUAACAAGUGACACCUUAACCGUAUCCUCACCAUUGAAUUGUUAUGGUUCCAAUGGAGGUAUUGGUCCACCCUCGAUACUUGGUCAAUCAUCAGUAUUACAAGGAGGAGGAGGAGGUGGUGGGGGAUUAAAUCAAGGUCCAAGUUCAACGACAAUAACAACAACCCUUAAUCAACACAACACCAAUCCCAAUUCAAAUAGUUCCAAUAGUUCAUGUAGUAAUAGUAAUAAUGUGAAUAUUAGUUCAAGUAAAGAUGUUAAUUGUUCAGAAUCGAGUAGAAAUCGUGAUUCAGCAAAUAGUAAUUGUAAUAAUAGUAAUGCCAAUAAUAGUGAUGAAAAUACACCGGGUACAAAGAGGAGAGGACCCAGAACAACAAUUAAGGCCAAACAAUUAGAUACUCUUAAACAAGCGUUUGCGGAAACACCGAAACCAACUCGACAUAUUCGUGAACAACUUGCCAAUCAAACUGGAUUAGCGAUGAGAGUGAUUCAGGUUUGGUUUCAAAAUCGACGGUCAAAAGAGCGACGUAUGAAACACAUGGGUAUGCAUUCGGGUCGUCGGCACUUCAUGCGAUCUCCUCGACGAGUGAUGAGGUCACUUCGACCUGGACACCCGACGGACGGUAUAGACGAUUCUGGGGACAUACCACCAAAUUUUGGUUAUUUUUCAGAAUCAAGUAAUCCUGGGGAAUAUGGUUAUGGUGGACCAACAUCUCACCAUAGUCCAGCAUUUUAUGAUUUUUUUCCUCAACAACAGAUCAAUGGUGAAACUGAUCCUGGUUUAAACCAAUUCCCUGGUAUGGGUACCCCAACUGGACCAGUAAAUAAUUCAGGAUCUCAGCCUCCUCCUGGUAUCCAUGAAACCGGCUCUGUACUAAGACCCUCAGGUGAACUUUUGUUGAAUGAUGGAGCUUGGACAACAUCCUAAUCCAAAGCAAAACUUUGUAUUUAUUAUAUGCAAGGGUGAUGAUCACAUUGAAAACGAUCCAUAUUGUCAACAAUUGAGAAAUUCUGGUUAUCAAUUUG